UAUCGCUUGCUUAUGUCAUUGUUUUGCGGAGACACUAAUUCUGCCUUUGGAAAAGUGUUCUAGAUAACUAAGUUGAAUUGGAAUUUUUGUUACAGUGUUUUGUAAAACGCAAUUAUAAGUAAGGUUGAACAAAGUAUCAAUUAUUCAAUGAAAACAACAGGGGAAGCAAAGUAUAGGGUUAACUCAUAUGUGAGUGAUUAUCACGAGUACGAGAAUAUUCAGACAUUCUAGUUUUACUUAGGUCAUGGAUGUUUCAUGGAUGUUUCAUUGUGAAUAAGAAUAUAAGGAAUUCUUAUAAGGAAUUCUUAUACAUGUCUUCGAUAAAACGUCAGCCAUAACUUGUGUGAAAAAGGAUCUAGAAAACGGACAUGUGAUAGACCAAUUCAACCAAUUAGAAACACACGGAUUAAAAUGAAUAGAAGUCCUAGAUCUCCUAACAGGCUAGCGAUGGACGCUUCUGACAGUUUUAUAGAAGAAAGAGGAAAGACCUUCUUGGUACCAAGACGGCCUGACAGCUCGGAUGGGGCCUCAUCAUCGGCGUCAUUUGCAUCUGACAUAGACACUCAGCUGCCUAUGGUUAACAACAAAUCUGACCGAAAGGAGUCACAGAUAAUGGCGGAGAUGCGCGAGGACUUCGAGCGCCGCCUGGAGAGAGACAAGCGGCACCAGGAGGAGGUGAUCGUAACGUUGAAAAGAGAACUGUCCGCACUGACAAAGAUGUCAUAUGAAUAUGACAGUUUGAAAGAUCACCAGAAAACUUUGAAACACGAAAUCGGAAACCAGCAAGAGAAAAUUACCUCCCUUAAAGAGGAGAAUGUUAGGAUCAAGGGUGAAUCUGCUAAGGUUCAGAAUUUAAUGACUGAAAUUGACGGGCUUAAAUCUGAAAAUGAAUCAUUGCGAAAGGAUAAAGCUUUCUUGGAGUUGAGAACAGAGAAGCUCAAAACUGUGAUCGUUGAAAAGGAACACGAACUUGCAAGUAUGAAGAUUCUGAUGGACAAUCAGUACAAACGAAUCAAACUAGAUUUAACAAAUACAAAAGACAAGUUCUAUACAGAACAGGAAACUUUACACAAAGGAAUGCGAAAACAGAACCUGAUGUUGAGUGAGAUUUCAGAAGCCGUUAGAAGUCUUGCAGGCACGAGUUUUGGAGGACAACCUGUAAAUAAUCCUCGGCGAGAAAGGCCAACUGGAGGAACACAUGAUUAUGUGACCAAAUCGUUUAGCUCAAACAAUCUAAAAAGUAAACCUGGACCUGCACCGGGCAGAACGGUAACGAGUACUUCGCUGGAGAAAAUCACUGUCCCUAAACCCGCCCAAAGUAAAAGAAAGACUCUUGGUGACCAAUUAAUAAAGAAAUAGGUUAAUCAUAUAAACAUUCAGUAUAUGCCUAUCAAUUUCCUUUUCCAUAUACAACAGUGAAAAUACAGCUUGCCGUGUUGAAAAACCCAUUUCACGCUACUGUCGUUUUCCAAACUCGUAUCAGCAUAGUAGCAUAUUUUGAGUGCCAACUUUUGCAGACUGAUGUUUUAUUCAUGUUUGUUUUAUAUUAUGAACUUACUUAUCAGUAACAUAGUUACGUACUAUAUUUCCUUAAGAAAUGAUGAUGGAAUGAAUUCAAUUGCGGAGAACUUAAUCACUAAUGCGAUUGAUUAAUGAUGUCAUUUUCGACAUGGAGAUUCUGGAAAACGUCAUGUAAAGUAUACGUGCAGUAUCGUUGGUUCAAAAUAAAAGCGGAGAGUUUCUAAAAACAUAGAAAUAAUCAAAGGAAACAUAUACUCAGGAAUACUACGAUAGGACGUUUUUUAACGACCUUUAUCACGUCUUGUUAAGUGUGUAAACAUACAUCUGUCUCGACCACUGUGCGGUCUCGAAAGAGACGCGUUUAUACACCAUUACUCAACGUGAAACAGGACGUCAGAAAAGCUUCCUGUAACAAUAUCCCCUAUAUAUCAUGUAUGUGUAUAGCAAUCACUGUUGUAGAGCUGUAAGAUCAAAUUGUGUAUCAUUUGUAAAUUGGUUUAUUAUUUUGUUAUCUUCCUACUAAACUGAAUAAAUACUUAUUUUGA